UAUCGGUCCCGAGCCAGGAAAUGGCAAGAACCCCGAUUGUUUCCCGCUUUGUUACCGAAAUUCACUAUCGAUAAGGUAUAAUCGAAGGGUUCGCGUGCCUAGAAAUGGCCGACGACGACUGUCCGUCCCCAUAUGCCGAUUCAUGCCCAUGCCUCUGCUAUACUUUUAUAUCUCGAAAACUCGAUCAUUUCUGGUGCUCCUAUCGUCAUGCUCCCCGGGUCGUUCACGAGAACUCUCUGUGUUCCGCUGCAAUCACUGCCAGAUUCGGACAUUUAUUUGGUGUUCCCAAUGCGGGCACACGGCGACACAAGCCGUGGGGAUGGGCCAUUUUCUCCCGCGAUCCUAGAUGCGGAAAAUUGCUCGUGCAGUAGCAUCGAUGGAGAUGCAUGGAGCAUUGGGCUUAGGAUUCUGAUGGCUCGUCGGGUUGGGUGCACUGGAUUCCGAUGCACGAUGUCCCUGUGUCAUCGAAGACGUCUGGAACCAGGGGGUAAGAGACGCAAGCGGAAUCACAUAUUCACGAUGUACGGAAGACUUCAAGACGACUUUCGUUAAUGGGUUUCCAUUAAUGAUUUACUACCAAUCGAUGAGAUAGAUGUAUGAGCAGCAAGCACAGCUCCUGCCAUAUGUAUACAAGAGAAUAAUCCAGCUUCUCUUGAGGUCCCUCCGUCAUCGGCGCUGCCGAGAAAGACGAGAGGGUGUGAGGGACGACCCAGUGAUCCGAUUGCAGUUCCCAAAUUCAAAGCCCAAGAC